UGUGAUAUACAGCUGGCGGAAAUGCCGUGUUUAUUCCACUUCCUGUCAACCGAAGUUCUAAUCAUGGCAACUGCAACGACCCCGGUUGGCCAAGAUCAACCGACCAAAACAGCUUCUCCACCCGUCAUGUUUGAUUUGUCUCAACCUCCGGUCAUCGAGGGAUUCACCCCGCUGCCCAGGGCGAGGGAAGAGAACUUUAAAGACAAAUUCAUCAGGAAGACGAAAGAGAAUCCAUUCGUUCCUAUAGGUUGUUUGGGAACAGCAGGAGCAUUGAUCUACGGCCUCAGCGCCUUCAGACGGGGCAAGACUCGACAGUCCCAGCUGCUAAUGAGAGCCCGUAUCUUUGCCCAAGGCUUCACAGUCGUUGCCAUUAUAGUGGGUGUGGCUGCGACGGCACUCAAGCCCAAGCAGUGACGAGAAGACAGACCCUGUCUGACCACACUGACAAGCGCCUUAUAUGGUCAAUGGGUGAAAUGUGAUGUGAAUGUGGAAUGAACUGAACAUUAAAUGCCAAUUAUCAUUUUUUAUUUUCUUUAAUCCCUUCAGACUGAGCAAAAAUAGCCCCGUGUAAGAUCUCAAAGGUGGCACUAUGUAUCAGUCUGCCACAAUUACACACAUUUAAUACCCAGUAUUUAAUUUAAAGAGUGUCACAGUAGCCACUGUUUGGUGGUUAAAGCGUUUGGUUGACAAGCGUAGUACCUGUUUUUCCAUGUUGUUGACCAUUGCUUGAAACAAUACAUUGCUUCUUACCUCAGUUUUCCAUUAUGUCUAUGUAUGUAGGACUACUCAAGGUGCAAUGUAAUGUAUGCAAAGAUAAUGGGAAUUUUUGAUGUUAUCAAAAAUCUCCAAGUGUAAUAAAUGUAAGUCUUAUUUGUUCAGAAAUGUCACAGUAAACAUCUGAAUUUGGAA